CUCAGCCGCCUCCUUUUCCCGGUCGCCUGGGCGGGCAUUCCCGGCAGCGUGGGAUGUGUGUGCUGACUUUCCCGGGCCCUUGUCCGUGGUCUCACAGUUCAAGUGCGUGUUUUUACCCUUUCAGAGUUAAAACGGUUCUUAGCACCUGAUGUGCGUACCUCUCGGGUAACGCUUAAUACGGUCGCUGUAGUUACGCUCUUAGAUCCCUGACCCAAGUUCUGUUUUGUAGAAUGUGUACCUAAGUGCUCAGUCCAUUCUGUAAAAAAAUAUUCAAGUGCUGCCACUGGAUUUCCUGCGAGUUCAAACUGUAUUUUUUACAUCUGAUGUAAGUAUGUCUUUCUUUGAAAGCUUAGCAAUAUGUCAUCAAGUCCGCUGUGCAGGGGAAGUGGACUUUAGGGCACUGUCCCAAACUGUCGCCGUUGUUUCCAUUUAUACGGGCUGAACAGUCAUUUAUCCUGACACGGGAGCACGGGUGAUGACGAGCGGCUUCUGUACCUUGCUACCUCCUGGCUUACUGCCGAGAGUUCUGAGAGCAGGGGAGUGCCCCAGCAUAAGUGUGCACCUAAGUAGGCAGCUGGCUGAAGGUAUCUGAGGGGGUACAGCCAUGGUGAGGAGGACAGCUUCCUCCGUUCCGGCUGCUCCCGAGGCUACGUUAGCCGCCUUCCGGGAGAGCCUAGUUUGCGUUGCUGCGGGCCUGUCCGGAGGCGAGCUGGGUUGGCUGGGGACCUGGAGCAGGUUCGGAUACAUCGCACCGGCUCUGACGGUGCCCUCCCUGCUGUCCGGACACUCACGCACUUCACUGGGCCUGGGCCGCCCCCAGUGCUUCCGUCGCAGUGCAGGUCACUGCGGCUGUGAAAACGAGGCAGAAAGCCCCGCUUGGGGUAGGAAUUAGAGGGAGAGCCCCAAACUGAAUACAUGGACACCUGCUCACCCCGGAGCACGUGAUGGGAACCUGAAGGAAGUGAGAGGUGUCGUGGCCCUGGCUAGUGGUAUUGCCUCUGGUCAGUGGAUGAGGCAACUUUUUUGGGUUACUUUUCUUUGUUUUGCUUUUUCAAAUGGCUGUUGGCCUCAUUAGUUUCAUUGUUGGCUGUACACAAUGACACAGAGAAUGAUCAUUACAUAUGCUGCACUCUGCCAAGUGCAGACCGGUUCUGAGGACGGGCUGGGAAACCCCAGCGAGUGUGGAGAUGGACAGCGUCAUGCUGAAUGUGACUGCACAAGAGUGGUACAACGUGAGAGCCUAGAGUGAAGCAGAACGGGGUUGUGCUCCAUCCUCAGUAGCUACAGCGACUUCACCUGACAGCAGAACUGCAAGGUACGUGACGCAGCAGCAGACAAAACUGAAGGGAGAAAUAGAGAAUUCAGCAGUAAUAUGACUUCAGCUUUCACUAAUGAAUUGAACAACCAGGCCAAAGACCAACAGGGAAGGAAGACUGAAACAGUACCCUAAACGAGUUCUUCCCGACAGACAACUGUGUCACGGACCACACGGUGAGCAGAACACACGUCCUUCUUCGGUGCACAUGGAAUGUUCUUCAGAGUCGGCCGUAGGUUGGGCCAUGCAACAAGCCUCAAUAAAUGUUGGAGGAUUGGAAUCAUACAGUGUAUGUUCUCUGAUUACAGUGGAGUAAAGUUAGAAACAAAUAACAGAAAUUUGAGAAAAUUACAACAAUUUGAGAAAUUAAACAACACACUCCUAAAUAACCAAUGAAUUAAAGGGGAAAUCCAAGAGAAAUGAGAAAGUACUUCAAGAUGAUUGAAAACGAAGAUACAACAUACUAAAACUUACAGGAUGCAGCUAAGGCAGUGUCUAGAAGGAAAUUUAUAGUUGUGAACACCUGUAUUAAAAAAGAAGAAAGAUCACUCUUCAUCGGUAACCUAACUACUUACUUAAAACAGCAGAAAAAGGAGAGAAUACUAAACCCAAAGCAAGCAGGAGGAAGGGGAUAAUAGAGUAGAAAUUUACAAAGUAGGGAAAUAGACAGCAGAAAAUCAGCAAAGCUAAAAGUUGAGUCUUUGAAAAGAGAAGAGGAUCACCAAAAUGAGCAAACCUUUACCCAAGACUAACCAAGAAAAAGAGAAGACUCGAGAAAGAAAGCGGUGACAUUACUACUGGCUCACAGGAAUAAAAAAAGGUUACAACUCAAUAUUCUGAACACCUGGAUACCAACACAUGAGAUAACUUAGAUGAAAUGAACAUAGAAAGUAACAAACUACCAAUACUGAUUGAAGAAGAAAUACAAAAUCUGAAUAAACCUGUAGCAAGUAAAGAGGUUGAAUCCUUAAUUUGUUAAAAAAAACAAUACUAAGAAAAUGGCGGGCCUGGAUGGCUCUGUUGGUGAAUACUGGCAGAUAUUUAAAGAAGAAUUAACCCCAGUUCUUCACACACUGAUCCUAAAUACAGAAGGGAAAUGAGCACUUCCUCAAUGAGACCACUAUUAUUCUACUGCCAAGACCAAAGAUAUCACAAGAAAAAAUACCAGAAAAACAACAGACCAAUUGAUUUCUAAUAAAUGUGGGUACAAAAUCCUCACUAAAAUAGUAACAAACCAAAUCCAGCAAGAAGUGGGAAGGGUUCUAUAGCACAAGCAAGUGGGAAUUAUCCCAGGAAUGCAAAGUUGACUUAAUAUCUGAAAAUUAAUGUAAUACUACCAUAUCAGUAAUAUGAAGGACAAAAACCAUAUGAUCAUUCCAGUAGAUGCAGAAAAAGCAUUUGACAGAAUUCAGCAACACCCUUCCAGGGUAAAAACACUCGACAAACCAGGGAUAGAAUAAGUAAUUCUUCAACCCGGUAAAGAAUGUCUACAAAAACCCACAGCUGAUGUCCUGUUUAAUGGUGAAAGAUUAAAUGCUUUUCCCCUUAAGGUCAGGGCUAAGACAAGAAUAUCUGUUCUCGUCACUUCUGUUCAGCAUUGUGCUAGAGGUUCUAACCACAGCACUUAGGCAAGAAAAUUAAAAGGCAUCCAGAUUGGAAAGGAAGAAGUAAAAUAAUCUGUUUGCAGAUGACAUGACUGUGUGUAUAAAAAAUUCUAAGGAAUCCACUUAAAAUUAUUGGAACUGAUAAAUGAGUUUAGCAGGAUAGAAUCAGGAUGCAGACAAUAAAAGUAUAAAAUUUAUAUUCUGAAAACUACAAGUCAUUGUUGAAAUUUAAAAAGACCUAACUAAAUGGAAAGACAUCCCAUGUUCAUUGAUUAGAAAACUUGGUAUUGUUAUGAUGGCAGUACUCCAGAUUGAACACAGUCCCUGUCAAAAUCUCAGUUGGCUCCUUUGCAGAGAAAUUGGCAAGCCAAUCCUGAAAUCCUUGUGGAAAUUCAGGGGACCCAGAGUAGCCAGAACAUCUUGAAAAAGAACAAAGAUGGCACACCUGCACUUCUCAUUUUCAAAACUUCCUGCAGAACUGCAGUGUUACUAUAUUGGUAUGUGGUUAGACACAUAUCCAUGGAAUAGAAUCCAGAAUCUGGAAAUAAACCCUCACAUUUACAAUCAGUUGAUUUUCAACAAGCAUACCAAGAAAAACUGGGUAUCUACAUGCAAAAGGAGGAAGCUGGACCCGACUUCACACUGUGUGUGAGAAAUUAAUCAAAAUGCACCAAAGACCUGAAGUAUAAAAUUCCUAGAGAACAUAAGCACAUAUUUUCAUGACUUCAGAUUAGGCAGUGGUUUUUUAGGACACUAAAAGCACAAGGAACAAAAGGAAAAAUAAAGAUAAAUGGAAAUGCAUUAAAGUUACGGGCUUUUGUGCUCUAAGGGAGAACCUCAAGACCAUGAGAAGACACUCACAGGAUGGGAGGGAAAGAAAUUUUCUUUUCAUAUCCUGUGUCUGAUAAAGGACUGGCAUUUAGAAUAUGCAAAGAACUCGUACAAGUCAGCAGGAAAAGACAAACUCCAAUUCAGAAUGAGCAAGGGAAUCUGCAUAGAUAUUUCUCCAAAGAUACACAAAUGGCCAGUACGUGAAAAGAUGCUUGAAAUCAUUAGUCAUCCGAGAAAUGCAAAUCAAAACCACAAGAUACCUCUUCACAGCCGCCAGAAUGUGUCAAACUAAAAGGACAGAUAGUAGCGGAUGUUGGUGAUGAUGUGGAGAAUUUAGGAACCGUCAUACACUGCUGGUGGAAUGUAAAAUUGUGCAGCCACUUAGGAAAAGUCUGGCAGUUUCUCAGAAGGUUAAACACAGAGUUACCAUAUGACCUAGCGCUUCCACUCCUAGGUGUGUGCCUAAGAGAAUGGAAAAUAUAGGUCUACACAGAGACUUUUACAUGAAUGUUCAUAGGAGCAUUAUUCAUAACAGCCUGAAAGUAGAAGCAGCCCAGUGUCCGUCAGCUGAUGAAUGAACUAACAAAAGACGAUCUGUCCACACAAUGGAAUAUUAUUUGGCCUAUAAUAAGGAGCAAAGUACUGCUGUGUGGUACCACAUGGAUGAACCCUAAAAACGUUAUGCUAAUUGAAAGAAGUCAAUCACAGAAGACCUCAUAUUGGAUGAUUUCAUCGAUAGGCAAUUUGCAGACCAGGCAAAUCUGUAGAGACAGAGAGUAGAUCAGUGGUUGCCGGGGCUGAGGGGAGGGAAAAUCAAGUGACUGCCGCUCGAGGGUAUGGGGUUUGUUUUGGGAAUAAUGAAAAUGUAGUAGAAUUUACUGUGGUGACGGCUGCACAGUUCUGUGAAUACAUUAAAAACCAUUACACUGUGUGCUUUAAAUGGGUGAAUCCUAUGGUAUGUGAGUUACAUUUCAAUAAAGUAGAAAAUACAACAACUUGGAUACCUUUUAAAUACCUACGUGCAAAUGGUUUGAUUCCAAAACAUACACCUGCCUUUCCAUAGGGGCUUCCGUAUGUUUCGUGUUCAAUUUGUUUUUUUGAGAGAGUGAAGAAGAGGUUACCUCUCACUGGGUCCUUCAUUCUUCCAUGCCUUACUUGUGAGAGGCUUAGAGCUACGCUGAAGAGACUGUCCCUGACCUACAGAGCCAACGCCAGUCAGCACUGAUGAACUUCACCCAGCCGAGGGUGGCCUGGUCUGCGCUGUUUCUUCCGCCCCCAGCCCCACUAAGUUCCGGUAAUGGUAAUUCGGGAUUUGAAGGGCAGAGCCGAUAUGUACCGUCUUCGGGAAUGUCUGCCAAGGAGCUCUGUGAGAAUGACGACCUGGCGACCAGCUUGGUUCUUGAUCCUUAUUUAGGUUUUCAAACACACAAAAUGAAUACUAGCGCCUUUCCUUCGAGGAGCUCAAGGCAUUUUUCAAAAUCUGACAGUUUUCCUCACAACAACCCUGUGAGAUUUCGGCCUAUUAAGGGAAGGCAAGAGGAACUAAAGGAAGUCAUUGAACGUUUUAAGAAAGAUGAACACUUGGAGAAAGCCUUCAAAUGUUUGACUUCAGGCGAAUGGGCACGGCAUUAUUUUCUCAACAAGAACAAAAUGCAGGAGAAAUUAUUCAAGGAACAUGUAUUUAUUUACUUGCGAAUGUUUGCAACUGACAGUGGAUUUGAAAUAUUACCUUGUAAUAGAUACUCAUCCGAACAAAAUGGAGCCAAAAUAGUUGCAACAAAAGAGUGGAAACGAAAUGACAAAAUAGAAUUACUGGUGGGUUGUAUUGCCGAACUUUCAGAAAUUGAGGAGAACAUGCUACUUAGACAUGGAGAGAACGACUUCAGUGUCAUGUAUUCCACAAGGAAAAACUGUGCUCAGCUCUGGCUUGGCCCCGCCGCCUUUAUAAACCAUGAUUGCAGACCUAACUGCAAGUUUGUGUCAACCGGGCGAGAUACGGCGUGUGUGAAGGCCCUGAGAGACAUUGAGCCUGGAGAAGAGAUUUCUUGUUAUUACGGAGACGGGUUUUUUGGAGAAAAUAAUGAGUUCUGCGAGUGUUACACUUGCGAAAGACGGGGAACCGGUGCUUUUAAAUCCAGAGUGGGACUGCCUGCGCCUGCUCCUGUUAUCAAUAGCAAAUACGGACUCAGAGAGACAGAUAAACGCUUAAAUAGGCUUAAAAAGUUAGGUGACAGCAGCAAAAACUCAGACAGUCAAUCUGUCAGCUCUAACACUGAUGCAGAUACCACUCAGGAAAAAAACAAUGCAACUCCCAACCGAAAAUCUUCCGUCGGUGUGAAAAAGAACAGCAAGAACAGAACAUUAACGAGGCAGUCUCUGUCAAGGAUUCCAGCUUCCUCCAACUCUACCUCAUCUAAGUUAACUCAUGUAAACAGUUCCAGGGUACCAAAGAAACUGAAAAAGCCUACAAAGCCUUUACUUUCAAAGAUAAAAUUAAGAAAUCAUUGCAAACGUCUGGAGCAAAAGAGCACUUCUAGAAAACUCGAGAUGGGAAACUUAGUACUCAAAGAGCCCAAAGUAGUUCUGUAUAAAAACUUACCCAUUAAGAAAGAGAAGGAGCCCGAGGGACCGGCUCCGGCCGCGGCAGCCGGCGGGUGCUUAACUAGACACGCGGCGCGGGAGCACCAGGCGGGCUCCGGGCGAGGUGCCCCGCCGCUGGGGCAUGGCACCCCCUGCGCCUAUAGCACCAGGAGGUCCGCACGGACGAGGACGACCCCGAAGGAGCCCUCUGACCUCCCACUGGAUCCCAGCCCGUCGGACAGCUAUAAGAGCGGCUCGCCAGCAGCGGGCCCGGACGGCAGUGGUGGCGAACAGCCGGCUGCCCCGGCACAGGAGGGGGACCUGACCCCCGGGGCGGCGCCCAGCGGGGAAGCCAAGUGUCCGAGGAGUGACAGCAGCCUGUCGAAGAAGAAAUCACGGCAAGGGAAACUUGGGAAACCGUUGGCGAAAGCCGAGGAACCUGCCGAGGGGCCGGACUCCCCUGGAGAAGCUGGCGUGGCGCCCGAGGUGCUGGGGGCCCCCUGCGAGCCGGCCGAGCACGGCGCCCCGGAACCCGCGUCCGGGGCCUACCCGGACUGGGCGCCUUCGCCCGACGGCGGGCCGGUCGUCACGUCCGACAGCUUCAAGGCGAAGGACGGCUUCAGAACUGCAAAAAGUAAAAAGAAGAGGCGAAUCACCAGGUAUGACGCACAGCUGAUCCUGGAGAACAGCUCUGGGAUCCCCAAAUUGACUCUUCGGAGACGCCACGACAGCAGCAGCAAGACCAACGACCCGGAGAGCGACGGCAUGAAUUCCUCAAAGAUAAGCAUCAAGCUAAGCAAAGACCACGAGAGCGAGAACAACCUGUACGUAGCCAAGCUCAACAACGGCUUUAACUCAGGGGCGGGCGGCAGCGCCACCAAACUGAAGAUCCAGCUGAAGCGCGACGAGGAGGGGCGGGGGCCGCACCCCGAGGGGCUCCACGAGAACGGGCUGUGCUGCGGCGACCCUCUCUCGCUGCUGGAGUCCCGCAUGGAGGUGGACGACUACGGCCGCUACGGGGAGGAGAGCACGGACGAGCCGUCCUCCUCGGACGGCGGCGAGGACGACGAGGACUACGAGGAGGACUUCGAGGACGACUUCAUCCCCCUCCCUCCGGCCAAGCGCCUGCGGCUGAUCGUGGGCAAGGACUCCAUCGACAUCGACAUCUCCUCCCGGAGGAGAGAAGACCAGUCUCUGCGGCUCAACGCCUGAGCGCCGUCUCCGUUUGGCCCGGGGAACCUCCUUUAAAGAAAUAAAAACAAGUUUCCGUCAGUAAGUCCUCGCCCGAGACCGCUGUAGCCGCGCUUCCCUCGCCUCCACUGAGCAGCGUCCUGCUGUAGAACGCGUGCAGCCCGCUGACUCUCCCGACGCCCGAUUUGUGCACAUUUUUAUUGUACUUUCUAAAUAGCCUUCCUACGUGCAAUUCUGAGUUAGAGGGAAAGCCCAGUUGUAAAAUCAAGGCUCCAGCGAAAUUGUACAGUGACAGCGACUUUCCACACGGGACGUUGAAAACAAUAAUGUGGCUACACAGUUUUCUUUUCCCUUUUUUUUUUCCUCUUCCCUUUUUUUUUUUUUUUUUUUUUUUUUAAACCAAGAGCAUCAACUGGCUCUUUAAUAUAUGACUAAACAAUAAUUUAAAACAAAUCAUAGUAGCAGCAUAUUAAGGUUUUCUAGUAUAUGCUAAUAUCACCAGCAAUGAUCUUUGGCUUUUUGAUUUAUUUGCUAGAUGUCCCCCCCACCUCGGAGUUUUGUCACUUUCACACUGUCCGCUGGCCCAGGUGUACUGUGCGUGGCCUUGCUCAAAAGAGCAAACCAUCCGUCGGGAGUCGAAUUGGUUUCUUUAAAAAAAAAAAAAAAAGUACAAUGAUGACACGCGUGACCGCUCACUUUCCAGUACAUUGUCUGUACGAGAGCGGCGGUGUGGAGGACGAGUUCCGAGUCCGUGUAUUUAUUGCUUGUCAUGUAAAUUAAAGACCUUGUAUUUAACACUUUUCAAUCCUUUUAGAUAAAAUUGUUCUUUGCAAGAAUGAUUGGUGCUUAUUUUUUCAAAACUUUGCUGUGAACAAUGUGAUGACAACAGGCAACAUUUAUCUAAUGAACUACAGCUCUCUUAAUUAAUUUGGGUCUUCAAGGUUUCUGUUGCACUUGUAAAAUGCUACAAGGAAUAUUAAAAACUCUAUUCACUUUAACUUAUAAUAGUUUAUGAAAUAAAAACAUGAGUCACAGCUUUUGUUCUGUGGUAACCUAUAAAAAUGUUUGUCUUUGAAAUUCAAUGUAAAGAACUGAGAACAAUGUAUAUGUUGUAAAUAUUUGUGUGUUGUGAGAAAUUUUUGUCAUAAGAAAUUAAAAGAACUUACCAGGAAGGUUUUUAAGUUUAGAAAUAUUCAUGCCAAUAAAAUAGGAGAUUAUAAAAUAUAUAGUUUUAAGCACUGCAUCAGUGGGAGUUCUUGGCUUAUGUUAGUUUAUGUAUGAAAAUAUCAAAGAUUUUUUGACUAUAUUAUCAGUUAAACGAAAAGAGGAGUCAGAUUUAAUUUGUUUUUUUUUUUUUGAAGCACUUUGAGAAGAGAAAUUAAUUUUAAGUAACUUAAUGAGCAAAUUCUUGAUUACUACUUUAUGUUCAAUACCAACCUUUCAUUUCUCUGGAUUAUUUUACAAAUCAUUGGACAAAGAAUUUGGGAAUAUAAAGCUGUAGCAGGUGUUUGACGCCAGUGGGUCUCCUUAUUUCUGGGAAAUGUGUACGUGUACUUUCAGAUAUACAGUGUUCCUGAGUAAGAUCGAUUUAGGGGAUUCGUGUAGUGUCCAUAGAAAAGUAGCCCAUGUCUUAAGAUAUUAAAAGGAAUCUGCCCGUAACAAAAAGUCCAGUGGAGAAAACCUCAAUGCUUACUCUUACUUUUGGUGAUUCCUGCUGGUUGCCAGGUUCUGGGGAACAUCCUUUAAACUGAGUCCCAUAAAACAAUUGCCAAUAGGGGUUCCAUGUAGAAAUUAAUAUUCAUAAAAGUGUUUGCAAUGUAGAGUUUUUGUUUCUCCUCACGUUCUUUUAAGGAGUUACUUGUAUGGUCUUAACGUCGCCUCAUUCCCGUCUGCCCCAUGCAGGUCACCCCUCAGGUAGCGUGGAGGGCAAGUGCAGACCCGCUUCCCUGCCACACCCCCCGCCCCCGCCCCUGCUCCGCGUGUGGUCCGUCCCCCGCUGCGAAGCAGAACAGUUCCCCCGGGUUCUGUCCCGAGGCCCUCAGAGCGCGUUGUGGACCACAUCUGUCCUCACAUUGUCCCUCAGGGGAGAAGUGUGAGUCUCCAGCCACUGAGGAAGGUCGAGCAUAGACUCCGUGUCUGGAAAGUACCAGAAAGCUGUGGGCCACCCCUUUCACUCCCGCCUUAGUGUGGAGCAUGUCGAAGAGGUUCAGAGACUUAAGUCUCAGACCGUCUCCCGGAAUACCAACGACAGCCAUUUCAGGACUUUCCCCCUAAAGGAAAAAGUCACAAAAUACCACAUUUCUCCAUUUCGAAGCUUGAUUUUAGUAACUUAAUUACGUUUUUCGAAGCUGACCUUCCCCAGGGGCCCCAGCAGCGGAGCCCUGGGGUCGGGGUGCACAAACCUUUCAGGGAAACCUGAUUUCCGUUUUUCCAGGUGGGGGCCUCGGAGCUGCUCGGGCUCCGCCGUGGAACUUCCCUGUGUGGGAUGGCGAGAGCCACACACGGGUGACACGGUGACCACUUGGAAGAGGCUGCGUUCCAUAUAACUUCAAGCUUGAGCUUGCGCAAUGAUUCGUAAAGAUUUUGGCAUUGUAAGAAUUAGGAGAUGAUCAUAAAAAUACAUGUAAAGUGUUCGAUUUUCAAUCAUUUUUCAAAUUACUGUUUUAAAUUGUUUUGCUGAGUUGUAAUACCUUUGAGAUACAAUGUAUUCCUUGUACUGAAAGAAUGAAAAAAAAGGACUUUUUCAGCAUUUGAGGUAAGUUCUUUAACGUUUCAUUAAAAACAUUUUUUACAAAUAUUUUGUACAUGCACUUGCAGUAUUGAGGUUAAUCAUUUUAAUAAAUUCGGAAAUUGAAACAAU